AUGGGAGAGAGAAAGAGGUCGAAGGAAUGGUGUGGAUGGUUUCUGGUUGUGAUAGUUGGGGCGACUCUCGCAUUUUCGAUUUUUGUUCUUGUUAAGAAGAAAGCAGGGCAUUCCGACUCCGAGGCCGCCCCUGUUCCAGGACCUCCUGGUGCCAUCACCAAGAAAUACGCCGAUGCUCUUAAAGUCGCAAUGCAGUUCUUCGACGUUCAGAAAGCUGGUAAGUUGGUGAAUAACAAGAUAUCUUGGAGAGGGGAUUCGGCUCUUAAAGAUGGGCGCGAAGCAAAGUUGGAUCUCUCAAAAGGAAUGUAUGAUGCUGGAGAUCAUAUUAAGUUUGGGUUUCCGAUGGCUUUUACUGCUACAGUGCUGUCAUGGGCCAUUCUUGAGUAUGGGGAUCAAAUGGAGAAGGUGAAUCAAUUGGAUACUGCUCAAGGUUCGCUCAAGUGGAUUACUGACUACCUUAUCAAUGCUCAUCCUUCGGAGAAUGUGCUCUAUAUUCAGGUGGGUGAUCCUGAAAAAGACCAUAGUUGUUGGGAAAGGCCUGAAGAUAUGACUGAGGGAAGGCCUCUCACGCAGGUGAACACUACUACCCCAGGAACUGAGGUUGCUGCUGAAACUGCGGCUGCUAUGGCUUCUGCAUCCCUGGUGUUUAAAUCGACCGACUCUGCAUAUUCGAGCUUGCUUCUUAAGCAUGCUAAACAAUUGUUUACUUUUGCCGACAAACAAAGAGAAUCUUACAGUGUCAGCAUUCCCGACGUUCAGAAUUAUUACAAUUCAACAGGUUAUGGAGAUGAGCUCUUGUGGGCUGCUAGCUGGCUUUAUCAUGCAACCGGGGUUCAAUCAUAUUUUGAUUAUGUGACUGGGCAAAAUGGAAAAGCUUUUGCUAAGUGGGGAAGUCCAACUUGGUUUAGUUGGGAUAACAAGCUAGCCGGAACUCAGGUUUUGUUGUCCAGAGUAAGCUUUUUUGGUUCAAAGGACACCUCAAACUCUGAGAGUCUCCAGCAUUACAGGAAAACUGCCGAGGCUGUAAUGUGUGGCCUUCUACCAACAUCCCCGACUGCAACAUCAAGCAGAACAGACAGUGGUUUGAUAUGGGUCAGUGAAUGGAACGCUUUGCAGCAUCCUGUUGCUUCUUCAUUUUUAGCUGUGCUUUAUAGUGAUUACAUGCUUACAUCGCGGACUGCCAAACUAUCCUGUGAUGGGGAUUCAUAUCGGCCAUCAGAUCUCCGAAAGUUUGCCAUCUCACAGGCUGAUUAUGUCUUGGGCAACAACCCUCAGAAGAUGAGUUAUCUUGUGGGAUAUGGGGAUAAUUACCCACAAUAUGUGCACCACAGAGGAGCUUCGAUUCCAGCCGAUGCAACAACCGGGUGCAAAGAUGGUUUCCAGUGGAUGGACUCAACAGAACCCAAUCCUAAUGUUGCGGUUGGAGCACUUGUGGGCGGACCAUUUCUAAAUGAAACCUAUAUUGAUUCCCGGAACAAUUCAAUGCAAGGUGAACCAACCACCUAUAACAGUGCGUUCAUCGUUGGCCUUCUUUCCAGUUUGGUCACCACCUCAUCAGUGGUUCAAUCUUUCACAUAAGCAGCCUCGGCCAUGGUACGUGAUUGGUUGUUAUUUGUAAGAUACGUAGCUAUGUGCACGGUUUUAUAUCUGUUCAAUAUUUCUUGUCUAAAUAGUUUGAUUUAUAGAGAUGAAUCACUCUGUUGUACUACCGUUCUGUAUAUGAUUAUCUGUUCAAAUUUAAGCCACAAUUAUAAUUUGUUGUAGCAGUAAUAUGCCAAUGCAUCCUUG